AAACCUGACAGAUAUCCCUUAUGGAUGAUUCCCUCUGUGAUAUCAGCAUGAGACACAACUUCUAUCUUCUCACAUCAAUAAUACCAGCAACCCACAUUUCAGCGCCAGAACAUCACCAAUACAUCAACAUGUUUCAGAGAGGACUUCUCCUUUAAACUGCGCUCUCUGGUGAGGGAUUCUGCCCGAUCUGGCAACAUCUCACUUCCAGACGAUAAACUGUGAGUGUUUGUGAUUUCACUCGCUAUAGUGUGGAGAUCCGCGCGCGAGCCGCAGCACACGCGCGAUCAUCUUAAAUACUAUAUAUAACUUGCACUUUUACGAGGUUUUAGUGCAACCGGAAACAGCUGCUGAGCACUGCCAGGAGAGCUCUUCCUACACUCCUACAUGUAAUAUAGAUCGGAUUAGAUCGGACGGGCCGGUUUGCGCGCUCUGGGAGACAGCGAGAGAGAGAGAGAGAGAGAGAGAGAUGGACGCGCACGAGCGCGACACGGCUGCGGCUCCGGGUCCGUCCGCGUGCAAGCUCACCACCGGCUCGUCUCGGUGGGUCCGGCUCAACGUGGGGGGCACUUACUUUCUCACAACCACGCAAACUCUGUGCCGGGAGCCCAAGUCUUUCCUGUACCGGCUGUGCCAGGAGGAUCCCGAGCUCCACUCUGACAAGGAUGAGUUGGGUGCAUAUUUGAUCGACAGAGAUCCAGUGUACUUCGGGCCCGUGCUGAACUACCUGAGACACGGCAAACUGGUCCUCAACAAAAAUCUGACCGAGGAAGGAGCUCUUGAGGAGGCCGAGUUCUACAACAUCACAUCAUUAAUUAAAGUUGUCAAGGACAGGAUCAGAGAGCGAGAUGCCAAAACCCUGCACACUCCAAUGAAGCAUGUGUACAGGGUGUUGCAGUGUCAGGAAGAGGAACUCACUCAGAUGGUCUCCACCAUGUCAGAUGGAUGGAAGUUUGAGCAGCUUGUCAGUGUAGACUAUGGGCGGACACAGAAGUCUGAGUUUCUCCUGAUUGUGUCUCGUGAGGUGAAGGGGGAGGAGUCAUGUCAAACUCACCCUGCGCACUGCGGAGAGCUGGUAAGCAUAGGCUCCUCCUAUAACUACGGCAGCGAAGACCAAGCCGAGUUCCUAUGCGUUGUUUCCAAGGAGCUUCAGAACCAGUCAUCCGGUAACAACAGCCAGCCGAGUGAGAAAGCCAAGAUACUCCAGGAGCGAGGCUCUCGGAUAUGAGGCUCUCGGAUAAAACGCCUACGUCUAGAAGCAUAUACAAGUUUUAUUUACUGAAAUGUUUUCUUGGAGGAGAAAUGAUCAUGACUGGUUCGACCAGGCGACCAAUCAAAAGAAAGAGGAAGUGGGCGAUGAUGCAGAUAUGACGGUUAUUGUUACUAAUUGCAUUAUUUAUGUAAGAAAUAUAUGUUGUAUUUCUUGGGGACGUGCUGUGUGGAAAAUAGUCAAUGACAUUAAGUGGAAGUUGAUUAUUUUUCCUAAGUGUAUUCCUUUUGCACCGAUGCAGUUUGUCAUUUAUCAGAGCUCAACACGUCAUGAUCGUUUCCGCUCGGAGGAGAAAUUUCGGUGCAUGAAACAUCAUUUCAUUUAGCAUGACCACAAAUACUCACGUCAAACACGUAGACUACGCAUGAAGACACACCCCCUGAUCACACGAGCCCUGUACAAGCCUCAUAUUUAUACAACAUUCAAGGUCUUCCGCUGUGAUUGUGACUGUAACAUGUUUGUUUUAGAAUCAUUUUGUCAUUCAGUAUUAGUUUUAUUAGAGCCAUAGAACUUACUGUUCCUGAACUUUCCAUCGAUAGAAUACAUCAGGUCUGAGUUUACUUUGGUGCUUGGACCCCUGAAUAUAAUAAUGAGGGAUGUGAUUUCAACCAUUGUAACUAAACAAAACCAAACCAAACCGCAAAGACCCCUUAGCUGUACUUCACGGACCCCACUUUGAGAACAACACGUGAUACAUCUUAUCCAUUUAUAGUUACGUUUAAUGUUGAAGUGUAAACGUCUCCAUUACAGCGUAGACUUACAGCUUUACUUCUGACAUGUUACAAUGACAUGCUCGAUAAAUUAGGAAGCUCUUCUGCAUUGACACUAAGGAUGCAGAUGCACUGUGCAAGACCUUUUAAAGCACAGUAUUCGGUUUUAAUUUUAAUAAAAUGUUAAAAGUUUUGGUGAAAACCCCCAUUGACAGUUUUCCACUCACCUUGAUUAGCCGAGGCACGUUAGGCGUCCGAUGUCUGUCUCGCUCAAAACCUUCUCCAUGAAAAUACACCUACACUUAAAAAUAAUAUAAAAAUAGUGUGACAUAAAGUUGGUUAUCUGUAAAAAAAGAAAAAAACGAACAAAAAUGGACUAUGUGGAUAAACAUUGUGAUUAUACAGUGUUCUUUAGGAGAAUGUGGGUGAUUUAAAUCUCAGGGAACGAGCAAACAAUCAUGUAGUCUAAUUGAUUUUCAUUUUAUAGUUACAAAAUAUUAUUGUUGUUGUUAUUAUUAUUAUUAUUAUUAAAUAAUCAUGCUACCAAGAAACCGCAAAGCUCUCUGUCCAAAAGAUAGAAAACUAAAAUGUACAGCUUUACCUCUGAGUGUUGUACAUAGUACAUUUUUAUACAAGUCUCAGAGCAAGCGCACUAAAGUAAACCUGUGAUUUGCCUUGCAGCUGGAACUACUUUCAGGACAUUAAUCAACUCAACAGCGUCAGGGAUAUUAGUCAACAUUUAACACACCAAUGUUUAUCAUGAUGGAAAGAAAUCCUCUGUAAAUUUGCAACAAAACAAAGUGAGCACUUAGUGGUUAGCACGUUCGCCUCACACCUCCAGGGUCGGGGGUUCGAUUCCCACCGUGGCCCUGUGUGUGCGGAGUUUGCAUGUUCUCCCCAUGCUGCGGGGGUUUCCUCCGGGUAUUCCAGUUUCCUCCCCCAGUCCAAGGACGUGCAUGGUAGGCUGAUUGGCAUGUCCAAAGUGUCUGUAGUGUAUGAAUGGGUGUGUGAGUGUGUAUGUGAUUGUGCCCUGUGAUGGAUUGACACCCUGUCCAGGGUGUACCCCGCCUUGUGCCCCAUGCUCCCUGGGAUAGGCUCAAGGUUCCCCCGUGACCCUGAAAAGGAUAAAGUGGUAGAGAAGAUGGAUGGACAAAGUGAGCAAAUUUGUGGAUCUAGUUAUUAAGCAAAAUUUCUAAAAGCUCUGUGUUUUCGGGGAUGUACAUAUUUGCGACUGUUUUAGGAUAUCUGCUUAUUACUAUCUAGUACCAUCGUAUAUACUUUAUUUAAUAAACAUAAUCUAAUCCUGCAUACAUGGGUCUGAUGGAGAUUUAUUUUACAUGUGAUAAAUGACGCACUUCAGGUCUGCUGAGUCUCGUGUAUAAAUCGGACGAUACGCCACAUUUAUAGACUUAUACUGAUUUAUAUAUGAAUUGUCGCUCCUUUACUCACUUUAGGCAUACAGACUGUUAUGGUAAUAAAUGCAUUUUAACGAAA